UCAAUUAACCGACACUUCCUCCUCCCUCUUCUCCGCCCUCGCUGUCACGGAGAACGGAAGAAAAAUCAGUAAAUAAACAAAGAAAAAUCUUGGAGGGUUUAUUCCUCCCUCGCCUGUCUUGUUCGAAUCCGAACCCUCAAGCCCUCGCUUUUGUUUUUUCGAUCGGAAUUCCCCUGUUUCGCUGCUCAAUCCCUGAGGCCUCCGAACGAUCGCUAGGGGUGAUGAUGUGACAGGGGAUCUGUACGCCGUCUCCAACGAAAAAGCUUUACUGAUGGUAUAGAGAAAAAAACGCCCCUUUUUCUUUCUUUUUUCCUUUUCUUCUGAAAGAAGCGAAGAAGCGACUGAAAGGUUCUAGUACGAAUCAUGUAGGAAACUCCAAAUAGUGUCUGAACUUUGAAGAAGAGAUUCUAAAAGUGGAAGAUGUAUGGAGAAGGGAACUAUGCCCGCCAAUUUAGGCACGGGCUGCCGCCGCCUCCAUUCCAGCAAACCCCUCCCGGCCCACCCCCUCCAGCUAUGCAACAUGGCCGCAUGGGGCAGCCUUACGUCCGCCGACCUCCUCCUCCAGUCCAUGGAAGUGCCCCAAUCGUUCCUUCCUAUGCCGGCCCGGGCCCUUCUUACCCUCCAUCCAUGUCAAGCCAGAAUGGCUACCAAAUACCACAACAGUUGCCGCCACCGCCAAGAAUGUUUCCACCUCCACCUCCUCCUUCGCAAGGACAAGUUCUGUAUAGGGCUCCUCCCCUGCCCCCUCCUGGGAUUCAACAUGUGCCAAGUCCUCCACUUCCUCCUCCAUCUAGUUUUGUCUCAGUAACGCAUGCUCAAUUUGUGCCAUUUGGAAGUACUUCAGUUGGAGAUGCUCACCCACCCUCCCUUCCACCCCCUCCACCUCCCCCUCCUCCGUCUUCUCCUCCACCCCUUCCACCUUCACCACCUCCACCGGCUCCUCCAAUGGCGGACCUUUCAACUGCUACCAAGGCACCUUCGAUGGAUUCUGCAGCUGAUGGAGCCUGUUCCUUAGGGCAUGUUCCUGCUGAUGCCCCAGUUACUCCAGCCCGAACAGUUGAUAGUGCCCCUGUGUCUGGAAGUUUACUCAUACGUGAAGGUAAUGAUGCUGGAAAGAAGGUUUUACCAGUGGAAGGAGAAGCAUCAGGAGAUCUCCCUCCACCUCCACCGAAGCCAAUUGAAGAAGAUGUUGUUCGGAAUAUUGAGGUGCUGUGUCAUUUUAUUGCAAAGGUUGGACCUGAAUUUGAAAACUUGGCUUGUGCAAGUGAGGUCAAGAAUCCAAAAUUUGCCUUCUUGUUUGGAGGUGCACCUGGGAGUGCCGCUGCUAUUGGGUAUGAAUAUUUUCAGUGGAUGAAAAAGAAAUUUCGUUUUGAAAUGGAAUCAAACAAACAUUCAGAGAGGCCAUUGGAAAUGGAGAGUUCUUUGCCAUCUGAUAAAUUGGAAAAUGAAGAUGCAUUGAGUUCACCUACUGCAUCGGACAUGGAUGUGGAAGAUGAUGUUCGCCUGCCUGGUGGUGAUGCUGGUCUCAACAAAUUAAACACAGUAGCGACUGGAGAGUCUGCCUCUCUAACUAAUGAAAGGGAUGUUGUUGAAGAGCCAGCACCUCAGAGUACAACAGGGCUCAUUCGGGAGGGUGCAAUGUCUAGCACUGUAUCCUGUUCAGGACCUUCAUCCAUACUGCAAGAAGGGGAAGAUGACAGGGGCUCAUCAUUUAUCAAAGAUGUUAGUCCAGUCAGGCCUUUGCCUGGUGCUGCUGAAUGUGCUGUAGAUGAUGACAUGCAACAGCCUGUUAGGCCACUAACUCAAGAUUCUAGCUGGGUCAAUGUUGCGCCAGAUGCUGUCUGUGGCAAAACUACAGAAACUCCGAGGGUAUUUGUUAAAGACAGAAGCCCAUUCCAGCUUAUACAAGGUUAUGCUUCGGAUGACAGUGGAGAAGAUGAUGAUAAAGGCUAUGUGGAUAGCAUCAACCCUGCUAGGACCUCCCAUUCAGCUUCUGUAGACAGGUCAGACUUGCAAAAGGAUAAGGGGUAUGAAUUGCCUCUUAAUUUUAGCCCUAAGAGUCUUCCUGGGACCGAGAAAUCCAGAUUGCAGACUGAUUCAAGUCAUUCUUUGUCCACAAUGCCCAAAGAAGCUACUCCUUUUGGUUGCUCAUCCCCACAAAAAUCUUCACCACCAGGUGUUAUCUUUGCUGAUUCUAUUGAUGCAAUUGAAAUUGUGUCUGAUCAUAGUAAUCACGAUCAACAUGAUGAGAGACUGCAUGAUAAGACUGGAACUUCUGAACCUUCUGAGGACAAUGAUAUUGUGGGGGGUAAAAGUAUUAAUCUUGACUGUCAAUUCACUAAGCUUCACUCAGGGGACGCAAAGCAGGAAUCCACUACACCAAAUGUGGAUGAAUUUGGGCAAUUGGUAAGAGAAGGUGUCGGUGACAGCGUCUCUGAUGGGAUGCACAGCAAUGAAAGGUGCGGUAAAAGGGUGAGGAGUUGGAGUCACAGUCGGUCACCACAAGAAAGUAGAUGGAGGUGGAGUCGCAGUCCUAGGAGAAGAGACAAAUGCAGGCGAUCUUGCAGCUUGUCCCCUACAAGGAGCAGGAGUAAGUCGCCGUCAGAUUAUAGGCGGACAACUCUAUCUGAGAGAGGAGAUCAAGAUCAGCCUCCCAAAUAUUUCAAUUUUAUUCAAGGAAGGUGCUUCCAUGGGGCAUCGUGUUUUCUCCACCAGGAUGUUGGACAGCACCAGGACAGGCAGCCAGAUCAUAAAGACUUUGCACAAGGUUCUGACAACUAUGAUGGGCAUGAUGAUACUUUGGUUUCUGAAAACCACUACCAUGCUACGGGUUUAAUGACAAAUAUGGAUUUUGAGAAGUCCGAUGAUGUCAAUCUGGAAGAAACAAAGAGGUUGGAGGUGCAGACUGAUGAGAAAUUGUCUGAGGCCAGGACUAAGAUUACUCAUGAUGGAGUUUUGGGUAAGAAAAUUGCAUUGGACUCUGUGAUAGAUGAUGCAAUACUGAGUUUGAAAAAUGAUACUGGGGAACAACAAAUUACUGAUCAAGCUUCUCAAGAUAUUAUUAGUCAAGUGAAGGAACCAAAACAAAUGGAAAUGGUGCAGGAGGCACCUAAGAUUAAUGAUGUGGAGGAAGAAACAACUCAGCCUAUGCUAGAAUCCUCCCAGCCUUCACCUUCUCAUAAAUCUGAAGGUUUGCUCAAAGAAACUGUUUUGGGACAAGCUAACUCAGAGGGUCAAAUUGUUCAGGCUGAUGCAUUUCAAAAUCAUGUCCCUUCUAUUCCGCCAUAUUCAGAAGAUGCUCUAGCAUCUCAGACGUAUCAAAUCCCAAGUUCUGUGAGCUAUUCAUCUGCAAAUCAUGAUCCUACAAGUCAGCCUUGGAAUCAAAGGUUGCUUCUGAAUGAGUUUCCCCCAACCAGAUUUUCAGUUCCCGAUGAUAAAUCUCAGCCAUCUCAGCUGCUACCUGCACCCCAGGGGCAUCCUCCUCCCUUCCUUCCUGCUGACAAUAUUACUGCACCAUUUGCUUCACAACAUCCUAGAGAGAAUCUCCCACCACCAGUCACAGGCUACUCACAGCCUCGUCCCUUAGAUAUGUUAAAUUCCCACCGACCACCUGUGGCUAGUGAUUACCAUUCUCAAUGUGUGCAUCCUCCGAACUCCAUGUGGUCAUAUCCCACUUUGCCACCACCUUCACAUGUGAAUGGAUUGCCCAGCAGGCCUGCCUUUCCUGCAACAGAAUUUUCACACAUGCAGUUUCAGCAAAAUAUUAUGCCACCUAGAAACGACUUUCCUUCUAUAAGGUCCUAUCCUCCGGUGGAGCUGAUUCGUUCUCAGUUAGUUGAUUUUCGUCCUCAAUCUUUCCAGUCAAUGGAGUCGUCUCAUCAUCCUCCCUUGCAUAAGGAUGAGUUUAAAUGGAGGUCUUUGCCAUUGGAAAAUCAGCAGAAUGAUCCAUUUCAUAGAGCAGAUUGGUUAUCACGCCCUCCUAUGCGUGAAGGUUUUCGAAUCAUCUCGGAUUUAUGGCAGGGGGAAUAUCAUUUGCAUCAUCAAUCUCCUCAUGAUGAUGCUCGAGUUCCAUUUCCUGCUCAGGCGCCUAGUUCUUCUAAUUUGUAUUCCCGAAGCAGUGCUAUGUAUCCUCAAACCGUUUCAAAUCAAUCAGAGUCUUUCCUUGGGAAUCGUCUGCCCCUAGGGUUUUCCUCUAGGGAAGAAUUCCCUACUGUCAGCAAUCUGCCUUAUUCACAACCUUCGUAUGACCGGCAACGCCUUUCCAGCAUGAAUUUUCCUUCAAAUGUGGGUGGCCCGGGCAUGACUAAUCCUUCUCUACAAAGAUUCUCAUCGACCUUCUCAGAGAGCAAUUUGCUACCUCAGCUAUCUGAUACUGGGGCACCAAAAACAUCUAUCUCCGCCCACUACAACCCGUUUGCAUCUACUUUUGAAGAUCCACCUGGAAGCUUAAAGAUUGGUUCUAGUAAAUAUGAUUCUUCGUUCAGUUCAAGCCAUGGGCCAUUAGGUGGUUGUGGUUCAAGGUUGGCAGAUUCACCACCCAAUUCAAGAAGAUCAGGAGAGCAAUUCUUGCCAAGAAGUGCUGGUUAUUCUCAUGAAAGUUCUGCAGAAGUGCUACCGGAUGUGGACAAGCAGUUUGUUAGGGAUCCUGCAUCUGGUGUCCCGUAUGAUCCACUCUUUGACAGCAUCGAACCAUCUUCUAACACACUCGAGAAUCUAAAUCAUGUUCAAGAGCAAAACCUGGCUGCUAAUGAUGCAGGCAUGGCACCAAAAAUCAACAGUUUGACUAGGCCUUUAGAUGUUGAGGAUAACAAUAGGCAGAAAGAUGGCACAGGUGCUGAACUUAUGUCGGAAGUUGAUGAAUUUGGUGAGGUGGCCACAGAUGCAGAGGUGGAUGCUGUUGAGAACGGGAGCCCUCAACAAGUGGAUGCGAAAAACUGGAGCCCAGUCAUUCCAACUGAAGGAGGGAACACUGCUGCAGGCGAAAUUGAGAUUGGCCAGGUUCGAUCACCUGGAAAGAAGAAGAGCAAGCAUUCAAGGUCGCUGAAACUUCUCAAGAUUGCCCUUGCAGAUUUUGUGAAGGAAGUCCUUAAGCCUUCAUGGAGACAGGGAAACAUGAGCAAAGAGGCAUUUAAGACCAUUGUGAAGAAAACAGUGGAUAAGGUUUCUGGUGCAAUUCCAAGUCAUCAGAUACCCAAAACACAGGUGAAGAUCAAUCAAUAUGUAGAGUCAUCACAGCGAAAACUGACCAAGCUGGUGAUGGCUUAUGUAGACAAAUAUGUCAAGAUGUAGAUAAUGACUGCUAACCAUGGGAGUACCUUCUAGAGCGAUCUCCUUUCCUCUCCACCAUACACACAAUGACUUGCUGAUGCAGAAAAAUCCUUUUAUGAGAGAUUGAGGGCUUGAUGAGACAGAUUGGCUGCACAUAAGGUGUUUUUUUUGGAGCGGCUGUUUCACACAGCCCAGUGAUUUUAGCUGAUAAUAUUUUUCUCAGCAGUACCAUGGAAUCAACAGACAUGUAUGUAUGAACCCAAAUCUCUGGAUGGUUUUUGCUUUUCUGACUGAUUUCUGCAAGUCAUCAGUUAUGGGAAUCUGAUUUAUAACAUAUUUCGUACUUUACUGUGGCAAAUUUGUUUUUGUUAUGAUUCUGUGGGGAGGCUCCAACUAAGGAAGCCAUGAUGUUAUAGAGUUACUCUUAGGCUCUUAGCUUUUAAUUCCUCAGUAACCAAAUUUUAUGAUUUUUUUUUGUUGUUGUGUUUCAAGCUUAGAUACAACAUAUCUUUUAUACUAAAAAAAUUCCCUAAUUUUGGACUCUGAUGGAGGAUAACUUGAUGCAUGACAAAGCUUGUAUAUCUUAAUAAUUCAACUAUGUUUAGCGGUUUGAUAAUGUUUGACACUAUAUCGCAUAUAGAUUUCGUAUGAUUUGGUAGAGAAUGUGUGGAAUAGUCUUAUAAACCACUGAGAGUGAUAUUGAUGCAUAUUUUACUACCUUUGAUGCAUAUUUUACUACCUCUUUUUAGGUGAUUGAGGAUUAAUGCUCACCUUCAGUUGACUUUAUUUUUUUCUUUCUUCUAAUUGGCACAUGAAAAUUUUAACAUUUAGUCUUCAGAUGCUAGCAUGGACUUGUGUGCAUUGCUUAAUUGCAAGUUUUAAAGGGAUUCUUAUGUUCCUAAAUUAAUUGCCACGUGAAAAUUUUAACAUUUAGGUAGCAUAGACUUGCAUGCUUUUGCUAAAUUGUAAGUUUUAAAGGGAUUCUUAUGUUCCUUAGGUCUUCUCUAGUUAGGGUUGAAGGAUGUUGAUGGUAUUUUAUGAAGUACCCAGUUUUAAUAUGAGUUUUUUUUUAAUAUGCCUUUGACUGAAGCAAAGCAUGUGAUGCCCAUGCAUAUGAAAUAUUCAGAAAAUUUGAAUAGGUUGUAGCUAUUGUUUGGAGAGUGAAAUUCUUCAAGUUACUUAUGCUUCUGUCAUUAACUAAACUGCCUUCAUAUGGGAGAACUAUGAACUUGUUAAACAGGAAUUGAGUUAAAAGUGAACCUGUGUAUGAUUAUAGUUAUCAGGUGGAGAGUGAAGUUCAAUAUUUUAACGAGAUGCCAAAGUCUGUUGUAAUAUGGUGUCUCAUCAAUCAUCAAUCAAGCUAAGAAGUUAAAAAGGGGUUUGCUUUAUAAUGUAUUUCUUCCAUGGAUUGUUGAAGCCCUCUAGCUUUUGCCAUGUAGUUUUAUGUUUGAAUGGUAAGCUGAAGACUACUUUAAAGGCUUUUGGAAUUUGAUUUAUAUAGGCAAUUAGGUUUGGUUGCAAGGAAAUCCAUGGAAAUAAAAAGGAAAACUAAAUGUUUUCCAUUGAAAUGGAAAUGUUAUCUGGAAAAGCUCUCCGACUUUGUUAUUUUCGAAUGAAACAAACAAAUGGAAAUGGAAAACUAGAUUUUCCAAGAAAAAUAAGUUUUCCAAGCAGUUUCCCUUGCAUCUAGACAUACCACGAGAAAGUGGAAUCCUGAGAAUUUCGAACGUUCUAGAAGAUAAGCUUUUGCAGGCCUUUAAUUUGCUUUGUUGGCUGAUUGUGAGCUGCCUAUUAUGAAUUCUAGGAUUAAGCAAGACAUGCAAACUCCACAUUUAAUAUAUAAGCACACAAUUGUAACUAAGGAUUAAAAUGUGUCAUACAUCUGUGCCAAUGCUGGUUACUUGCUGGCGAGGUAUGGAUCAUGCCAUGCUAUGUUGAGCUGAGCAGUGUUUGUUACAUGCCCUUGAAUCACUUUUGACCAACUUGCAUCAGAUCAAUAUGGGUGCAUGCCCAACUAUAUGCAAGGGUUUCUGACAAACAAAAUGGUUUGUUUUUACUUGAAUUGCUCUUGACUAGCUUGCACCAACAUGGAGCAAUAUGGGCUGGCAUGCAAGAUAUAAGGGCAUGUAUCUCUGUAUUUGUGCUGUUACUGUGUUUUCACAUGACAUACUGUAUGGCAUCAAUAAGAUACAAUCCCUGAAACCUCCAUCAAUUAAUAAUAUAAGUUUGUCGACACACAAAAUUCCAUCUGAACCCUUUUCUUUGGGUUUGGUCAAUGUCUAUUCCAAGGUUUUAAGUCCUGGCGGGACGGGGGAAGUCCCGAUCGUCCUGCCCCAUUCCCAUGAAAAAAUGGGAUCGAGACGGGUUGGAACUCUGAAACCCAUCCAUGUGGUGAGAGGAAAAGACAGAGAAAAGAUGAAGAAAAGAAAAAAGUGAAAGUAAAGAA